AUGGCUGGUAUGCUUGCCGGAGUUGAGUGUGCGAGGAGGCGGCGCUUCCACGGCGGUGCUCCACCGGUUGAGUUAUCCAACACGGCUGCUAUGGCGGCAGCGGCAGGACACGUCUGGACUCGGCGACCAUCGUUCUCUCUCUACACUACCAAUCACGAGAGUCAUCAGGCCUAUGUCUCAUUCUCGGAGAGAAAUGUUAGGAACAAAUCUUAUGGAGAGGAUGACGGUGAGAAUCUCGUAGGAGCAGCCAAAGAAGCUAAGGAGAGGCUAGACGAGCGGCUGAGGAACCCGCGAAGAAGGCAAAAUGGUAAAGACAAAGUGAAUAAAUCCGAGCAACAAAAAGGUAAAUCUCACAGGGAGUUACCGACAGAGGUGGUCGGGUUGAAGAAGAGCCGAAGAAGAUUGAUCGAGGAAUGGUUCGGGUGGCGAGUUAGAGAACAACAAGAUUGUGCUAUAUGUCUAGACCAGUUCAAGACGGGUGAGACAUUGGUCCACCUACCAUGUGCCCAUAAGUUUCACUCCAUAUGCUUAUUGCCUUGGCUAGAGACUAAUGUGUAUUGCCCUUAUUGUAGAAUGGAUAUUUGGAAUUAA